UCGCACGCCAUUUGCACAGCCGCGCAACGAAACUUGGUCAGUCACACUACAGAGAGCAGCAGACAAAGUCCAGCAGAUUCAACACUGGCGUUUAGAGUAUAGUGCAUGUAUUUAAAAACUUGUUUUUAUUUCGCUUAUCUGUAAUUUCGGUUUCAUCUCUAACUCAACGAGAAAUCAUAACUAUGUGCAGCGUUAACGAUACCGAAUUCGAAACAGACGAUGAACUGAUGCAACCGGACGAAGUACCGCAAACUGAAGGUGCUACAUGCAAAAAAUGCAACGAGAAGAAUGCCGAAGUCGUACUUAGAGUUAAGGACACUUACUGCAGAAUGUGCUUUCUCGCCGCAUCGACGCACAAAUUCAGGGCCACCGUCGGAAAAUCUAAGCUAGUGAGACCGAAUGAUUCGAUACUCGUCGGACACUCGGGAAAGGCUGGAUCUACAGUUCUUUUGCACUUGAUCAAGGCAGGCAUGAGUGAAGCUGUUCACAAAAGACUUAUGUAUAAGACGACGGUACUCUAUGUGGAUGAAGGCGCAGUACUGGGUCAAACUGUAGACCAGCGAAGAUCAACUAUAUCCGCGAUUCGCAGGCAAGUUCAUGGUCUUGGAUUCACUGGAUAUGCAGUAUCUCUGAGCGAGUCGUUGCACAGUUCUGAACCAAAGAUUUAUUCCUUGGAUCAAGAGGUGGAAUAUCUCGAAGAAGACUCCAAAGUCGUUGAUUUGUUCAAAGCCGUAUCGAGUUAUACAUCGAAAGAAGAAUUACUCCAUAAGUUACGUCAGAAGUUAUUGAUUUCUGUUGCACGCUCCCUCAGAUGUUGUAAAGUUUUCACAGCCGAUGGUGCUACAGACUUGGCAAUAACAAUACUUAGUAACAUAGCUUUGGGGCGAGGUGCACAGCUUCCAUUGGAUGUUGGUUUCGUUGAUUCUAGGGAGCAGGAUAUUAAAAUAUUGAGACCCAUGCGAGACUUUACCAGGAAAGAGCUGACCUAUUAUUUGAAUUUUCACAAACUCGAGACUGUUCAAAAUCCUGGAUUAACGACCAAGAAAGACCCUUACACGAGUAUACAAAAACUAACUGAAAAAUUUGUUACAGAAUUGAAUACAGAAUUUUCGGGGACCGUUUCUGCGAUAUUUAGAACAGGCGAAAAGCUAAGUAUAGGGAACUUAGAAGCGAGUAAUUUAAUUGAGACAUGUGCUCUGUGCAGGGCUCAGCUAGAUACCGUAUUUACGGAUACUUCUUCUCUGCAGGCCACAGAGUUUUCGAGGUUGAUAUCUGCAGAAGGGCCGAAAGGUAAUAUUGGUCAAGCUGUGUUUGAACUAAAAAAUUUUCCGUGUGUCAUCGACACAGCCGAGAAUGUUCCUUCAAGUGAUCCGAAAAAUUGUGACAACUGUAGCUGUAGCAAAGGCAAAGAAAAAUCUGAAUUAUUUGUCAAAAAUUUCGAGAAGUACCUGUGCUAUGGGUGCAGAUUAAUUUUUAAAGAUCUUGACAAGCAACACAGCAUUCCAGAAUUUUUACAAAGUUCAGUAAGGCAAAGGAUAUCUUUAGAUGAUAUGAGAGAGGAGAUAGCAGACUUUUUAUUGUAAAUAAAAUGAUCUUCUUGAAUAAGUUCAUUGUAAAUAAACUAUAUUCAUACCAAAUCCUUAUUUGCUUGUGACGAUAAUUAGUAAUCACAAUAAUUUCAAGCAUUAGCGUUACUAAUAGGCUGAUUGACAGUAAAGAAUAUUUCUUUCCUCAUAAUUUAAUCUACAGCAGAUUAUUUAUUUUCACAAUUUUAUACAGCUGGUGCAGUGGGU